AUGGGCAAACAGAGACUUCGAUCGGCAGAGUCGAGGUCCAACCGACAACUACGAGGCUCGGCGCUGCGGCGACACGCAGCGGGCGAGCAGCCAUCCACAGAGGAGCAGAGGGCCUUGAACCUGAAGCGCCUCGAGAAGGAGACCGACGACGACCUCGACGAACAGCUCAGGAAGGACGAGGACGACGAGGCCAGGAAGGAGGAGGCCGACGACACCAAGAGGAGCGAGGCCGCGGCUCGUGCGAGAGCUGCCCCGCUGGUCCCGACCAGCGUGGACACAAGGUGGUCUCCGACCGUGCGAGCCCACCUCGGAGCAGUUUCCGGCCGGAUGCUGGAGCUCAUCCAGAAGGCGGAGAGCUUCGACGAGGGCCUCGACAGGGUGGACCUGGACCCGGGCGACGACCAGCUGGACGCACAGCUGUACGUCAUCCUGACGAUGCCGGAGUUCGAGCCGAAGUUCGCGUCUCGCAAGAUGGCCCUGCAGCAGGCGUACCUCAGCUUCACGUUCAACAAGGACGAGGACCCGCGGAAGGGCAUCGACAGGCUCGAGACGCAGAUCCGCCAAUACCAGGCCGACACCAAGAAGACCGUCGACGACGACACCCGGACCGGAGUGCUGUUGAAGGCGCUGGCCGGCGGCAGCGAGUUGCAGAAGAAGUUGGGCGACCACCUCGUUCUCAACGCGUACCGCGUGGACACCUUCAUCGAGAUGAAGAGGGAGAUCCAGGAGUACCUCGGAGUCAAGCAGUGGCUCGUCCCUGGCGGUUCGGCGGAAGUCCUGGCCGUGGGAGCCGGCGAUAAAACUAGCCAGAAGAACCAGGUAAAGGGCGAGCUCAAGAUCAAGUUCGCCGGAGAUUGCUACUGCUGUGGCAAGCCUGGCCAUAAGAAAGUAGACUGCUGGUUGGACAUCGCUGCGAUCGAGGAGCAGAUGCGGGCGCUCAGCCUGAGCAUCGGCGCGCUGAAGGACCAGGACUGUGGGAGCGUGGAGCUGUGCCGGGUCUCCGAGACGCAGGAGGUCGGCAUGGUCCACGCCCAGACGGCGACGAACCGCGUAACGAUGGGCCUCGACAGCGGCGCGGAGGUCACGGUGUGGCCCCCAGAGCUCUUCCCGCAGCCUCUGCUGGCGAUGUGCUCGAUGAUGGACGGCGGCCACGACCUGCAUUUCAAGUGCGGCGGCCGGUGCUACGCCAAGCACUGCAAGACCGGGAAGGAGAUCGAGAUCACACGUCGAGGAGGUAAAUUUGAGAUCGACGCCGAGGUCGUGCUGCCGCAUGAGAUCGAUCACAUGCCCUACGCUGCUUGGUGCCGUAGCUGCGUGGCUGGCAAGGGUAAGGCGGACCCACACUUCCUGAAGACCUCCGACGACUUGGGUGUCCAGGGAGUGGCUUGUGACUACUGCUUCAUGGGUGACGCCGUCGAGAGCGACAAGGCUACCGACAAGUGCUUGCCCAUCCUUGUCCACAAUUUCUACGGCGAUCGCUGGGUAUCGGCACGCGUGGUUCCACGCAAGGGUCCAGAGACGUACGCUGUGAAGGCCACGGUGGACGACGUGAUGCAGUCGCUCAAGCAGGAGGUGGUGAAGAAGUUACGGAAGGUUGCUGGCCCUGUGGACGUCAUCUUGGAAGAGAGCAGCACGUCCGAGUCGCAGCAGAAUGCUGUUGUCGAGCGUGCUAUCUGGGAGGUCCAGAGCACGGCUCGCACCCUAGUGCACGCGUGCUUGGAACAUCAUCGCGUCCAGGUGCCCCUUAAGCACCCUCUGAGGAUCUAUGCCGUGGAGUACGCAGGGCAACUACUGAACAGGUCCCAGCCUGCCGCCAAGGACAGCAGGACCGCCUGCGAGAUACGCAAAGGCAAGACCUAUCGCCGGAAGCUGCCUCCAUUCGGGGAAGCCGUGAUGUACAUGCCAAUGUCGACGGCACGGCGGCGACGGAAGUUCGAGGACAGGUGGGAGACCGGCAUCUACUUGGGGCUGGUGGAGCGCAGCAACAUGUUGCUCGUCGGCACGCCCCGCGGCGUCUUCAAGGUGAACUGCGUGAAGCGGUUGCCGGAGAUCCAGUCCAGCGAUCCGGAGCUCUUGAAAUCCAUCGUCGGGGUCCCCUGGGACCCAGUACCUGGAGAACCAGGUCCGAGGUUCGACAUCGAGUCGAAGAAGCCCAUCGUCGACGAGGUGAGGCAGGAGCACCACCAGACAGACGACCAGGGGGAGCACAGGUUCUACGACCAGGCGAAGUCGCAGGAGAGGCGCCGACGGAGGCGGGUAGCCCCGCGCCGUCGGACCAGCCAGGGAGCGCGCCGGAAGCGGGUAGCCCCGCGCUGGCUGACGCUCGGAGACAGCCGGGGAGCGCCCCGGAAGCGGGUAGCCCCGCGCCGGCGGACGCUCGGAGCCAGCCGGAUUCGCCAGAAGCGGGUAGCACCGUGCCGGCUAGCAGUCCAGGCCAGGCUCAGGCACCCCCUCGAGCAGAAGCGGGUAGCACCGCACUGCGGAGAGGUCGCGGAGGUUGUGGGCGAGCUGAUGCACCUGGGAGCGGCUAUCGGGCCGCGGCUGCAGGAGGCGAUCCAGCAGCCUAGCAAGGACGACGUCGACGUUAUCGAGUCGGAAAAGUUCUGCAGGAAGCGGUUCACUGACCAGGCGUCCUGGUGGGGAGUGCACCCCGGGGUCGCACUAGAUCUGACUACGGGUUGGGAUCUUGAUGACCAGACGCACGUGGAGCAGCAUGUGAAGGCCGGAAGGGCCGCAGGAUGGUUGACCAACUCUGGAUGUAUAGCCGAGGAGCUCACGAAGCUCCAGGGCAACGACAACGAAAAUGCCACCAGAAGCGCGGGGGCCGUGAGUCCCGCCGCGGAGAAUAGGCCGGCCAUAGUGGCGGCAGUGUUGCGGGGUCUGCGCAGGCAGCUGCAGCAGGACGGCGCGGUCAGCAUCAACGCCCUGGAGCCGGGCCUGACCGGCCACGACACCCAGGAAUGGGACGAAGACGGGCUCGAGCAGUUCUUCGACGAGCUGACGGGCGAACGGCUGAGGCCGAAGGACGUCAGGGAGGUCAAAGUCAAGGAAAUUGAGUUUCUUCGUACUUUCCCCGUCUAUGAGGAGGUGCCGGAGGCGAUGGCCAAGGGCAAAAGGUUCAUCUCGACACGGUGGACCAUAACCAACAAAGGGGAUGUGAACGCACCAGACGUUCGAGCUAGAUUCGUCGGGCGCGAGUUCAAGUGGAAGUCGCCGGCGAUGGAGAACACUUUUGCCGCGACUCCACCACUGGAGCAGUUGAAGUACCUGUUGUCCCGGUUCCAGUCGCGCAGGAGGGGUCCAGCCAGGAGCCCCGGAGAGCGAAAGAUCCUAGUCUUGGACGUCUCUCGAGCGCAUUUUCAUCCAAAGUGCCGCCGGGAGCUGUACAUCCGGCUGCCAGAAGAGGACGCUCAGGCAGGCUUCGCCGGCAGAUUGAUGCGCACCCUGUACGGGACACGGGAUGCAGCAAAAGCCUGGGACGAAUUCUUCAACGAAGCGAUCGUCAGGCGCGAGUACGAGGUGGGGCUGUCAUCACCUUGUCUGUACUAUUGCGCUGCCGAGGACAGUGCUGGGUGGCGCCACGGAGACGAUUUAGUUUUCGAGGGGCCUGAUGAGUGGUUAGACUGGCUCGGAGAGUGCCUCCGGAGCGUGAUGAUCCUGAAGAGACGUGCGAAGCUUGGCUGGGACACAGCAGACGACAAGCACGUGACCAUCCUGAACGGGUUGGUGGACUCGAACGAUGCGUCUCGGAAGUUCCCGUUGCGGGACCGGCCCAGCAGGAUCGACGUGUACGCAGACAGCGACCGGGCUCAGGACCCUGAUCGGAAGAGCGUGUCUUGCGUAGUCACCAUGCACGGCGCGCAGUGUCUGCGAGUGCAGGUGGCGACCCAGACGGCCCCUGCAUUGAGCUCUGGCGAGGCGGAGUUUGUGGCCCAGGUCAAGGGCGGCUCCACCGCCAUCGGCAUGAGAUCGAUGCUCCGAGACAUGGGGGGACAGGUGUCCAUAGACUUGCACACCGACAGCACGGCAGGCAAGGGCAUCGCGUCAAGAGUGGGCUUGGGCAAGGUCCGUCAUCUUGACACGGGCUUGCUCUGGCUACAACACCACGUCAAUCGCAGAGGCCUCCGGAUCAAGAAGGAGACUUUCAUGAAGUUGAUGAAUUUCAGAGAGGCCACAGGACGGCACCCGAAGGCACUGAAGAUUGCCAGAGAAGCGGUCGAGCCGGAAGCGGGCAGCACCGCGCUGGCCGACGAGCACGACUGA